AUGCCUCUUGCAAUAGUCCAAGCGGCAUCUUACAUCAAGCAGAGAGCACCGCGGGUCACAGUCGCACAAUAUCUUGAGGUUUUUCGAAAGAGCGAUCGCAAAAAAAUCAGUCUGCUGAGCCACGAGGGAGGACAUCUCCGUCGAGAUAAGAAAGCAUCAAAUGCAAUAUUCUUCACCUGGCAGAGCUCGUUCGACCAGAUACGGGAGGUACAUCCAUAUCCUUGCUCUGAUGAGCUUUUUGAUCGUCAAGGAAUUCCUGAUACUUUGAUCCUCAGCAGAGCACAGUCGGCGGGAAGUGAUGCGACGCCAGUUGCCAGUGAAAGUGACGAAGAGUGUGCCAGCGAGUCCAGUUCAGUCGAAACAUUCGAAGACGACAUACUGAUUUUGAGAAAUUACUCUUUGAUUACUGUCAGUAUCGACGGCAGAAAUUUCGAAAUGCAUGGUCUCGUUCAGCUAGCCAUGUGUGAGUGGCUCAAGAGUCAGGGACAACUUGAAAGGUGGAAAAAUGUUUUCAUCGAUACGCUUUACUGUUGCUUCCCGUCGGAGCCAGCACUAGGCGACGUGAAUAACUGGCCAAAAUGUCAAUCGCUAUUUCCUCAUGUAGAGUGUGCAGUUGCACAUAGACCUAAUGAUGGGGAAUAUCUGCAAAAGUGGUGUUCUUUAUGCCAGAAUGCUUCAUCAUACGCGAGACUGAGGGGUUUCAUUCGUGGAAGUAUAAGAAUGGCCAAACUGGCAUAUAAGGCGCGAAAGGGAACAUUCAGUUCUAACCAUGAGUCAACACUUGACAGUGCUGAAGUAUUAUGCCUUGCGCAAAUGCUAAACUGCCAGUGGAAGGAAGCUGAAGCUCUCGCAUUGACGGUAGCAGAGAUUCGAACCAAGUUGCUAGGUCUUCAUCAUUCUGCCACUCUGACAAGUCAACACAACCUGUCAUCAAUAUACUUGCAUCAAGUACGUUGGCAAGAAUGCGAAAAGCUACAGAUGCAGGUACUGUACACACGGAUUCAGACCGUCGGGCCGCAACACCCUGACACUGUUAUGAGUAUGGCUAGCCUUGCCUUCACACACUGCAUCCAGGCACGCUACAAGCAGGCCGAAAUUUUGGGAUUGGAGGUAGUAGCAUCAUAUAAGCAAUUAUUGGGUAUAUACCAUCCUGCUACCCUUGCCAGCAUGCACAACCUGGCUUCGGCAUACUGGUAUCAAGGCCGGCUCGAGAUAGCCGGGGACUUAUGGCAGCAAGUCAUGAGGAUGAAUAUGGAUGUGCUUGGAUCAUUUCACCCUAAUACAUUGACAAGCAUGAUGAACUUGGCAAUGUUAUACCAUCACCUGGGCGGAUUGGAAGAAGCAGCAGAUUUGGGAUAUCAGGCUAUGCACGGUCGGAGGCAUGUGCAUGGCUUAGAACAUCCUGAUACUCUUAUCAGUAUCUUCAAUUUGGCAUUCACCUACCAUAGCCAGGGGAGAUUGAUGGAAUCCGAAAACUUAUCCUUGCAAUUGAUUUCUGCUCAUGAAUGGACUCUGAACCAGACCUACCCCAACAUGACCUGUAUUGGGAACCUUGCAACAAUAUACCGCCAAAAGGGUCGACUAACCGAAGCUGAAGAAUUGGGAUCUUUUGUCAUGCAAACUCGUACGCGAAACCUUGGGCCAGACCACCCCCUCACUCAGUUCAGCAUUGCGGGUUUGGCAUCGACCUACCGAAGUCAAGAGCGAAUCAAAGAUGCUGAACUUCUAGAAUGCAAACUACAGGACAUUGACGAAAGUAAUCAUCUCAAAGGAUGCCCUGGUGAAUUGGACGAAGAAAUUGGAAAUUAUCUAGGGCAAGAGAUCUCACUGAACAUCGCUCGGAAUGAGAAGAACAAUGGAGAUGGAUCACAGCAGGAGCAAGAUAGCCUAGUUGCACAUGGGCAUGCUACUUAUUGCAGGCACUUCAGCGGUGACAUUGCAUUUCAGUACAUGGGGGGCAUGGACAGGAGGCAGAUAGCAAUUGGAAACGAUUGA